AUCUACAUGAUUGUGAUGAUGUGACUUGUGCCUUGAGUUGUGGAUCAUCCUUCUCGUUGCUGCUAAAACAUUUUGAAGUGUCAGCUUUCAAACUUGAAAAAGGACAUGUCUUCAGAAGAUCAAGACAUCUCGGGAGACUCCGACUUGGAAUCAGAAAAGAAGUCUUCUUUGGACGAGGGUGAGGAUGAGAUGGAGAACCAGGCUGAGCCGUCAACUUCCAAUGGAACAAAUUUCAAAAAUCCAGAUGCAUCUGCAAAAGGAGAUGAAUCUAGUGAAGCCAGCGGUGAUGAUGAUGAUGAUGAUGACAGUGACGACAGUGACGACAGUGAUGAGAGUGAUGAUGGAGAUGAAGAAAGGGAUGAUGAAAACAGAUUUUUACCUGAGGUCAAAUUGCCAAAGACAAUAACGUGUGAUGAGAGUGUGAUGUCCCUAAAAUUUCACCCCAAGGGUAACAUGUUAGCUGCUGGACUUAUGGAUGGCUCGAUCACAUUGUAUUCUUACUCAGCAGAAGAACCCAACGAGGAGCUGAUGUUUGAAGAAGUCCACAAGAAAGCUUGCCGGGCCAUUGCCUUCUCAGAAGAUGGGAAAUCCAUCUUUUCUGUCUCCAAGGACAAGUCAGUAAGCAAGCUUGACGUAGCCACUGCUUCUGUAGAGCUGAGUUUGGAGAUGGCCCAUGAAGCUCCCAUAUACUGCUUGGCUGUGGUAGAUGAGAACCUGGUCGCUACUGGCGAUGAUGACGGACAUUUGAAGGUUUGGGAUCUCCGGACACAAAAAGCCAUCAUGGAGAUGAAAGAAAAUGAAGAAUUUAUCAGUAGUCUGGUCGUUGGCAAGGACAAAAAGAUACUCCUCGCAACAAGAGUUACAAACAUCAGUGCGAACAUCAUAUUGAGAAUGAUCUUUCAAUGAACUCUCAUGAGUCUUACAGUGAUCUCCGCGAAAAUCUUGAGAGACUGGCAAAAGAUCAUGGAAAGACUAUAAAGACCUUU